CCAAGACUCGAAUACACCGGACAUAACGGACCGUCGCAGCCAUAAAGGUCCUCGUACGGCAAAGAAUGCUGCGUAGAUGGCGCAGUGAAGCGCAGGCAAUGGAGGCGGCAUUAGGUGGGGCUCCUGGACGACCUCGAGGACAAAAAGAGUAAGAAUAGAGCCGUGUUGCCAGGAUCAACAAGACGGGAUCGCCGUCAUGAUGACUCAACAGCCUUCAUCUCCCGAUCGGGUGUCUCGCUUAUUUGCCUUGGUCAUAGGGAGGAAUGUGGGCUGCGUCUCUGUAAGCAUCUUUUUACAGCGAGGGACAAAGAGCUGUUUCCGCAGCGCAAUGGUGCAACAUCGCUGCAGUAUCAAGGAGUUCCGUGCUCAAGCGCUCAGGCGCAACUGAGCUUGGAAGGUUGAUCUUCUAGCUGCAUAGCUACUGUAGGAG